AUGGAUGGAGGGAACCAUUCACCAGUGUCUCAGUUCCUUUUUGAGCCUUUAUCCGAUGCCCAUGCUACAAAGAUCAUCUUAUUUCUCAUGGUACUGGCUGCAUAUCUUAUGACUCUGAUGGGAAACAUGUUCAUCAUAAUCGUCACUUUGACCAACCCUGCUCUUUGGUCUCCCAUGUACUUCUUCCUCCGGAAUUUGUCAUUCUUAGAGAUUGGUUACACUUCCACAAUAAUUCCCAAAAUGCUGUCAAACAUCCUGUCAGAGGACCCAAGCAUUUCAUUCAUGGGCUGUGCCACGCAGAUGUAUUUCUUUGGCUCCCUGGGAAUCACAGAAUGUUGCCUGUUGGCGGCCAUGGCAUAUGAUCGUUAUGUAGCGAUAUGUCAACCCUUGCAUUAUACAGCCAUUAUAAACAGGAGUAUUUGUCUUCAGAUUUCUGCAGCCUGCUGGCUGACUGGAGUGUUGGUGGUUUUAGUGCCAGCAACAUUAAUAUUCACCUUACCCUUCUGUGGGCCGAACAGAAUCAAUCACUUCUUCUGUGAUCUUCCCCCACUUCUGAGGCUGGCCUGUGCUGACACUUACACAAAUGAACUCAUUAUUUUCACUGUCACUGUGAUCUUUAUAGUGGUUCCCUUCUUGCUCAUCAUGGUCUCCUACAUCUGUAUCCUGCAUACUAUUCUGAAGAUGUCCUCAGCUGUGGGCAGAAAUAAGGCUUUCUCCACUUGUUCUUCCCACAUAACAGUAGUGACUCUCUUUUAUGGAUCUGCUGUUUUAACAUACCUAAGACCUAAAUCUGCCUAUUCAAUAGAAACUGAUAAAGCACUAUCAUUUAUUUACACUGUUGUUUGUCCUAUGAUGAACCCUUUAAUCUACAGUCUCAGAAACAAAGAAAUGAAGGAUUCCCUAAAGAGGCUGAUGAUCAGAAAAAUAUUCUUGUAA